AUGACAUGCUUCGGUUCAUCGUUUCUUAUCGGAUACAAUCUGGGUAUUCUGAAUCUACCUGCUCCGUAUAUCAAAGCGUUUCUUUCCAAAACAAUACUCAAACAAGAUAUUGCGGAUGCUGAAAAGGAGAAAAAAUUCGUCAAUCCGUCAUUCCUGUAUGCACAAGUCAGCACAACAUUUGUGGUUGCUGGUGCACUAGGCGCUUUCAGUUGUGGUUGGAUUGCUGAACUUCUGGGUCGACGUAAUGGCCUGAUACUGAAUCAUGUAUUCGCUAUCCUCGGUGGUCUGUUAUGUGGUCCUUGCGUGGUCGCAGAACAAGCUGCGUUGCUGUUCGUCGGCCGGUUUGUUUUGGGGAUCAACUGUGGGAUAACUAUUGGUAUUGCUUCAAUUUACCUGACCGAAGUUGCACCUCGUGACCUGCGUGGCGCCAUUGGAGCGUGCAACCAGUUGGCCGUUACCAUUGGCAUUGUUGUGGCUUACAUUAUGACCUUGUCGUAUACGUUAAAUACGGAGACCCUGUGGCCAGUAUCUGUGGCUUUGGGAGCUGUACCUGCCUUCAUUUCAUUGCUGGUGCUCCCAUUCUGUCCCGAGAGUCCACGAUUCUUGUUCAUGAAGAAAAACAACGAGGUUGAGGCUCGUAAAGCAUUUGCUCGACUGAAUGUACAAGAGAAUGUGGAAACCUUCUUGGGUGAACUGCGAGAAGAGAUGGAAGUCGCGAAAAAUCAACCGGAAUUCAAGUUUACUCAGCUCUUCACGCAACGCGAUUUACGGAUGCCCGUACUGAUCGCGUGCUUAAUUCAAGUGUUACAGCAGCUGUCCGGAAUUAACGCGGUGAUUACAUACUCGUCCACUAUGCUUCGCACUGCUGGCAUCCCAGACGAAUAUAAUCAGUUCUGCGUAACAGCGAUCGGUGUACUAAAUGUCAUCGUCACCAUAAUUUCUCUUCCGCUGUUGGAACGAGCCGGACGCCGAACGCUGUUGCUGUGGCCAACCGUAGCUCUGGGCAUUGCUCUACUUCUUCUCACAAUUACGGUCAAUUUGGCUACCAGUCUAUCUGAUGCGAAGGCUGCCCAAGCCCUUGGCAUUAUCUCCGCUUUACUUAUCCUUGUGUAUAUCUGCGGAUUUGCUAUGGGUCUGGGUCCUGUGCCAGCAUUGAUCGUAUCUGAGAUCUUCCGCCAAGGUCCGCGCGCAGCAGCUUACUCAUUGAGCCAAAGUCUUCAAUGGCUUUCCAAUUUACUUGUCUUAUGUAGUUAUCCAAGCAUCAACGAGGCAAUCGGCGGUUAUUCGUUCCUACCCUUUUUGGUUGUCGUCGUGGUGUGUUGGGUAUUCUUCUUUUUGUUCAUGCCAGAAACACGACAGCGUACGUUCGACGAAGUGGCACGCGAUUUGGCAUUCGGUAACAUUGUCGUUGGCAAGCGUACGGCCACUUUGGAGGACCGUAAUAUGACUGUGUUCACUAAACAAGGCGAACGAAACACAUCGAAUGCAGACCCCGCCACAGCACAACCUUUACUACGACCAAAUGCCACCCCAAUCGAUCAAGCCUGA